AUGUCAUUGGCCCGCGUUAGCUCCAGCUUUCUCCAAAGGGCCACGCCGCAUCUUUGUCCUGCGAUAAACAACAGUCCUGUCUUGGCCACUGAAUACUUCACCACACUCGAUAUUUUGGUUUUUAAAAAUUUCUUUACUUGCAUCUAUUCUCAAAUCUAUCAUGGCUUCCAACAAGGUGCCGGUCUACUCGACCAAUGCGACGAUGCUCUCCUCCCUUACCUUACCAAUCUUCCUGCGCCAUACGCUUUCACACCCGAUUACUCGAAGACAAACAUUCGCUUUCUGCUUGGCUAUAGCGCUGUCGCAAUCGCUGGGUUUACUUUCUACGCAGACCGCACGCUUGGCUGGGAAGCAACUACCUCGCCCUGGAUUAUCGCGGCAGUAGGGACAUACUUUUUCUUGAACAGCAUUUUGACUUACUGGAUUUGGGCCGUCGAGGCUGGCGAGGUAUACUCCGGGAAGAGGAAAACUGGUGAGACGAUAUCUGUCUCGUCAUCGGCCAAAAAGUUCUCCAAGCUCUACAAGCUGCAUGUCAUUUAUAAGUCUGCCUCUGGAAAGGUCCUCCAGGACAAGCGGUGCGAGGCGCCUUUCACAACUUGGUUCUCGGCAGAUGGUGUAUUCCACCCCGAGCCUUUCCGUCGCUGGGUGGCCAGUGAGAUUGAUGUUUUGAGACUGGCGGCGAAGGAGAAUGAAAAGAAGUCUGGCUAG